CCUUCUUCUCCCUUUUUUCCCUCCCAGUUUCCUUCUUCAACGAUUCACUCCUCGCUGCAGCCUCAACACAGCAAAGGUUCACUCAGCUCUACGGAAUCAGCCAAAAACAUGUCUACAAAGGUUGUCUUGGUUACGGGCAGUAACAAGGGCAUCGGCCUCGCUAUCGUUGAUGCUCUCUGUCUGCAGUUUAAAGGAGAGGUUUAUCUCACCGCCAGAGACGCCGGCCGUGGUCAGGCGGCAGUGGAGUCUCUGGCCUCAAAGGGACUGAAGGCAAACUUUCACCAGCUGGACAUCGACGACCUGAACAGCAUCAAGGCUGCUGCUACUUACUUUAAAGACAAGUAUGGAGGAGUGGACGUCCUCGUCAACAAUGCUGGGAUAGCAUUCAAAGUGGCAGACACGGCUCCAUUUGCAGUCCAGGCCGAGGUGACUCUCAAGACAAACUACUUUGCCACCAGAGACAUGUUGACUCACUUCCUGCCGAUCGUGAAAGCUGGAGGUCGCGUGGUGAAUGUCUCCAGCUUUGUCAGUGUCCGUGCUCUGAACCAGUGCAGCUCGGCUCUGCAAGAGCGUUUCCGCAGCGAGGACAUCACUGAGGAGGAACUGUCAGGACUGAUGCAAACAUUUAUAGAUGGGGCCAAGAAGGGAGAACACAAGCAGGGCGGCUGGCCUGACACGGCCUAUGGAGUGUCCAAAACUGGACUGACGGCCCUGUCCAUUAUUCUGGCUCGUCGCCUGUCCAAGGAGAGACCAAAUGACGGGAUCUUGCUGAACGCCUGCUGUCCAGGCUGGGUGCGAACAGACAUGGCAGGUCCAAAAGCCCCAAAGUCACCAGAGGAGGGCGCUGAAACGCCGGUCUACCUGGCACUGCUGCCUCCUGGAGCCACAGAGCCUCACGGAAAGUUUGUUUCUGAUAAAACAGUUCAGACGUGGUAGAAGACCAAAGAAAUAGAGAGUUUGAUUAAGUGUGAGCAUAUCUACAAAAACACCUAAAUGCCAAAAACUUGCAUAGAGAACAGUUUUGUCCACAUUUUACAAAAAAUCAAACAAGCAUAACAGAAUCUGGAAAAACUAAUUCACAUGGCUGCCAUUUAAAUUAGCUUACACAUGUGGUGGACAUGGCAAACAUUAUUACUCAGAGAAUUCCAGGGAUCCCUAUUAUGUGUUAUGCAUUAUGGGAUAAGAAUAAUUAAGCAGAUUGCUGCUUGAGUCUGGCGUAUCGCUAUGAUUAAAAAAAAAAAAAAAAAUUAAAAACUUCUCCGAUGUUACCUAACCUUUAUAUGUAGACGUUUUUUAUACAUGCUAUAAGGAAAACUUGUCUUAGCCGGUAGAAACCUAAUGUUAUGAAAUCAUUGGAAAACAGUAUGCUUUUCUGUCAAAACAUUUACGGUAUGACUUUUCUUUCAUAACAAAAACAAUAAAGGAAUUACAAAUCAAA